UUGUUUUUAUGGCCCAUCAGCUGUUGGUUUUUAUUUGAAUGGUGAAAAUUUUUUUUGCAAGAAUUUUUCGCAAUAAAAAACAAAUUGCUUUUUGUUUAUUGCAAAUUACAUUAGCAAAAAAACAUUAAAUAAACGUGUUACUACUACGUGGAAAAAUAAUGUGAAUCUAGAAAAUGUCUACGGAAUAUUUUAGCUCUAUAGCGGGCUCUUCAAAUUCGGCUUCAUCCACCGUCAACAACAGUAAUAGUAAUAAUGCCUGCACCUCGACUAGAUGGCUAACCGAGGAGGUAUUUGGAUUAAUUGAUUUAGUGCAACGUAAUGAAGCGAUAUAUAAUCCACGCCACAAGUACUAUUUCUGUCGUCCCUAUGUGGAGAAUUUUUGGCGUGAAGUUGAUCUGAAAUUGGAAAAGAAUCCUGGCGCCAGUCUGGCCAAAUGGACUAACUUGCGUAUAUCAUUUCGCCGAGAGUAUACGAAUUAUCUAGAGGAAAAAGUUCCCCCCUGCUGGACCUAUUUCGAUCGAAUGUUCUUUCUUCAUCCCUAUUUAAGGAAAAAACAUCAACAGUCUAAGUCAUUGGACUCACAAGUACAAGAUGCUUUAGUACAAAUAAGUUCCUUAUCCAACCGUUUGCAACGAGAGAGAGCUGUAGCGGCGGCAGCCUCAGCAGCGGCCAAUUCUAUAAAUCCUCCAUCGAAUACAGCAUCGCCCACGCAGCCUCAGCUGGAUCAUUAUUUGGAGUAUUUUGAUGAUCCUGAACCAAAUGCCUCGGAAUUGGAUGAUAUGAUUGAUGAUGAACCUUCCAAUCCACAACAUUUUGCCCACUCGACAUUGGCAAAUGAUAUAAAGUCCGAAUGUGAAGAUAAUGUUGAUGAAUAUGAUAAUGUGGAGAGACCUUUGGAUGAGGAUGAGCAUGAACAUGAGGUAGAUGAUGCGGAUAUGAGGAAUUUUGUGCUAAACUCUUUGGAGAAAAGGCAGCAACAACAGCAGCAUCAUCAACGCUUGCAACAUUUACAACGUCUACAGUCUAGGGCUUUCUAUGAAGAUUUUCGCAACAAACGAUCGAGAUCCCAUGAUAAUAUCUCCUCCUCACAGUCGUCCUCGUCUUCAUUGAUGGCCUCCUCUACAAAUCACACAAAUAAUGUGUCAUUUGUAAGGCCAACUUUUGCUAAACCUUUGGAGGUGGUCAGCACAACAACACAAAGUCAUAACAACACUAACAACAAUAGCAGCAGCAAUAAUAGCAAUAAUUCAAAUUCAUCGCCAAACUCCUCCGCUAUUACCAAUGACAACGAACCGGUUUCAAACUCAACACCACGUCUAAAUUCUUCCGCCAACAAUCAACAUCACACGUCGUCUUCGUCACAUUACACCGCCUCCAUGAGUCAUUCCCAUACCCAUCAUCAACACCAACGCUUUGAAAUUUCUGCUAUUAAUUCCUCUGCCCCCAAUGCCACAUUAAAUCCUUUAGCCCCUCAGACGUCCUCUGGAUCCACGGCUUCAUCAUCAUCACUGUUGCCUCCAGCGCCGGCUACACCCGAAUUAUGUGAUUGUAAAACUGAUCCUGAUGCCAUGUUCUUAAUGAGCCUAUUGCCCGAUAUACAAAAGUUAAAUGGUCGUGAUCGUGGUAAAAUUAAAAUUGCUUUUCAAAACAUCUUGCAAGACUAUUUGUAUCCCGAUUAAAAACGUUCUGGCGUUUAAAACAGCUAACUGAGAUUCCUUAAAGUAAAAAUAAAACACACACAGAUACAUUAUAAAUGUAUACUCAAUGCUAAUAGCAAUUAGGAAUAGUAUUUAAAUAUUUUAUCCAAUAAAAAAAAUAAAUUUA